AUGACUUCUCAAAGAGCAAAGGUGGCGCUGGCUCUGGAUGCUGAAACAGUCUGCUCACUCAAAGAGGGAGUCAACUUCAAGAAAAACCCAGAGGACGGUAAAUGUUACAUCAUAUUCAAGAGCGACAAUGGCCUUAAGGCAUGCAAGAACCAAUGCAAACACCAAGGGGGCCUGUUCAUCAAAGACAUCGAAGACCUGGACGGCAGGACUGUUAUAUGCACUAAGCACAACUGGAAGUUAAACGUGUCAUCAAUGAAAUAUGUGAAUCCCCCAGACAGCUUCCUGCAGGACGAGCUCGAGGUAGAGCUUUUGGAUGAUGGGGGGCUUCAGUUGGUCGAGGAGAGCCCCGUUGACCCCUGGCUGGCUGAGCCUCGAGAGCCUGUGGAGCUCCAGGAAGGUGAAGUGAAAGUGACGUACUUGACCCACGCCUGCAUGGAGCUGAAGCUGGGACAGAGGCGGUUCAUGUGCGAUCCGUGGCUGAAGGGUCCUGCAUUUGCCAGAGGCUGGUGGCUUCUACAUGAGCCUCCAGCAGACUCCCUGGACAGACUGUGUUCAGCAGAUCUCAUCUACAUCAGCCAUAUGCACUCUGACCACCUCAGCUACCCCACACUGAAAGUCUUGUCAGAGCGGAGGCCAGAUAUCCCCAUUUAUGUUGGUGACACAUCGAGACCUGUCUUUUGGUAUUUGGAGCAAAGCCAAGUCAAGCUAACCAACAUCAACAUUGUUCCUUUUGGUAUCUGGAAAAAUAUUGACAAAGACCUGAGGUUCAUGAUCCUGAUGGAUGGAGUGCAUCCUGAAAUUGACACCUGCAUCAUUGUUGACUAUAAAGGUCACAUGAUCCUGAACACUGUGGACUGCACCAGGCCAAAUGGGGGCAGGUUACCACAGAGUGUGGACUUAAUGAUGAGCGACUUCGCUGGGGGUGCAUCUGGAUUCCCCAUGACCUUCAGUGGCGGGAAAUACAGUGAUUCCUGGAAGGCAGGGUUUAUCAAGAACGAAAGGAAGAAGCUGCUGAACUACAAAGCUCUGCUGGUGAAGUCCCUGCAGCCGGCAAUCUACUGCCCGUUCGCUGGCUUUUUUGUGGAGGCUCAUCCAUCAGACAGAUACAUAAGGGAAACAAAUGUGAAGAACAGUCCCGAGGACCUCAAUGCGCUCAUCAAUAAGUUUGCACCGGACAUCAAGACAUGGACCCCCAAGCCAGGUGCUGUGCUGGACCUUGGCCUGGCUCUGAGAGACCCCACUAACAGUGAGGCCAUCACCAAUCCUCCAGCCAGCGCAAAAAUCUACAAGGACAGUUGGGAUUUCGACUUGUAUGUGGAUAAACUGAACAGCGCCAUCAGCUGUGAGAUAUUUAAACAUCAAAGCUGGACCCAGUUCUACUACACUUGGGCAGGCUUCCAAAACUACAACCUUGUUGUGCGGAUGAUUGAGACAGAUGACAACUUUGCGCCCCUUGCUGACGGCUGCGACUACUUGGUGGACUUUUUGGAUCUGUCGUUCCCCCCAAAGAGACCUGACAGAGAGCACUCCUACAUAGAGAUUAAAAACAGGAUUGGGGUGAUGAGAUACGUGGUGCUGCACGGUCUUCUCUGGGAUGAUCUGUACAUCGGCUUCCAGAAUCGCAUAAGCCGAGACCCGGAUGUCUACCACCACAAGUUCUGGAACCACUUCCAGACGGAGCUACCAGUUCACAGGCCAGACUGGGACCAGUUCCUGCAGCAGGAGACUUCCAUCCAGGAUCCUGACGCACCACUUUGGAGCCAAGGAGCUAACUGUGUAUUGUCUUGA